AUGUCGCUUCAAGCUCAGCACGACGGUCGCGUCGAAGAGGUGCAGCACCCAAUGCUCACGCCCGACGACUACAUUGUCAACGAUGCCACACUUAUCCCCAGCGCCAUCUACGAUACCUUGCGAUGCCUAUCCCAAGAUACCGACGUCAUGGGUGCCAGCGAAAUGCUCCAGCGCAAUCCACAUGGUAGCAUGAACGCCGCCGCUCGCUUUGAACGCCUCCUGGGAAACGCCGAACAAUGGAUCAAUGGCGGACUCUCCAGCUUGUCUGUCUUCGAAAAGGCCUGUAUCUGGCACGGUCUGGUCGAUUAUCGAAGGCGCUUGGCUGGCCUAGAGCUGUCCGAUCCGCAGUCCCCCUCCACUUCGCCCCAGCAGAACAUCAUCGCCGAAUACUAUGUUCCCUGGCAUGCACCCAAGCCUACUAGCGAUGAUAGCAUCUGGCCGGCUGACUCGCUCGUCGGGAACCUCAAGCUUCGCGCAAAUCUUCAGGCGCUCUUUGAGUCCACGAAAAGGUUCCAGGACCAGCUGACACCUCUGGCCGUCCACACACUUCCCUACCUUAUGAACCAGAACGUCAUGGUCUGCUCUGGGUCGCAUUUCGAGAAGACACUGGCCUUGGCCAUCGGUGUCGUCGAUUUUGUCGUCAGAUUCAGUCAAUCUCCCUCCUCCCGCAUUGCUCCAAAAGCCCUGAUCAUCCUUCCGACCAACCACUAUUUCUUCGAGCUCCACUAUUAUCUAGUAGAGUUGGCGCAGAGGAAGCACGACUUGAGGAUCAAGAUCGGUGGCAUCUCCACAUGGGAGAAUACUGUGUGCAAGGAGGUUGACAGCCUGACCACCGGCAUCGACAUCAUGCUCGCCACGCCGGGCAAACUAGAGAGGGCCGACAGCCACGGACGCAUCGACUGGUCCCGCUUGAUGCUCGUCGCCAUCCACGAAUUCGAGGAAAUGGCCCUCGACUUCUCCCACUACCUCCCACCCAGCGUCCUCGACCCCGUGCACGGCUCAAUCGGCAAGACGGCCAGGGCCUACGGCACGCACUACAAGCUGCUCGUCACCUCCGACCGAGGCUCCAACCACGGCGCGCUCCUCACCGCCAUGCAGUCGCUGAUGCUGACCCCGGCGCCGCUCUACCACAUCUCCGCGGGCUGCCCGGCCGACGACAUACCCAAUAUUACAUACCGCUUCCACAAGAGCUACAACACAACCGUCAGUCACCUGGCCCGCGAGGCGUACGAGGUCAUCCAGCAGCAACACGACGGCGCCACAGCCACCACCUUGUGGUCGACAAGCGAGCGGGCCGCGGCAGCCCACAGCCUGUACAAGGCUACUCUACCUCCUACCGACCUCUGGCUCGCGCACCCCGACAUGCAAGACAACGACAAGGUGACUGCCUUGCAGGACUUCCGUCGGCAUGCAGCUAACCGCGGCGGAUGCGUGCUGAACACGACUACCGACUGCGCGUCGGAGCUGCGCGGCAAGGCGAACUACCUGAUCAUUCACGCGGACUUGCCGUCGACUGCCGCCAGUUCGGACUUGUACCCGGCUUGGUACGAGUGGUUCGAGGUGUCGAUCAGCGCGGGCAAGACGCCUCCUGGCAUGGUGCGUACGUAUUGUACGCUAGUCCCCGAGGCGGAGCAGGACAUGGCCUGGGGCAUGGCCCAGGUCCUGCGGGACUACCGCAAGGAGGUUCCUGGCGUGCUGGCUGAGAUUGCGGGUCUCUGA